AUGGCGCCAGACCUCAAGGCCCUGCUCACACCCGCGCUCUUCACCAAGAUGGUCGAGACAUGGAUACCCUACAAGAAGACUGAUCCAAUCGAAGACUUCGACAAAUGCAUCCAGUACAUGUUCUUCGAGUCGGCUACUGACAACCUCAAAGUGCGCGACAAGGCAUGGCCAGCCCUCAUAGCUCUUAGCGAGUUGGGUCUCGACAACGUCCCAGACACGAUGAGCUUCUUACCUCUAGUCGAGAGCCCCGACUUUCCAGAACAGGCCUUCGGCUUGAUGUUGUUUCUUGACCAGGCUCCGCGCCUCUUGCUGCAGGGCGUCGAUACAAGAUGGACAUACGCCUACUUCGGCGAGAUCGCGCUCAAGUUCGCGCUGCAGCUAGAAGCUCUUCCCGCUGACCUGCGACCGUCUGCCUGGGCGCGCUGGAAGGAUUUCGCCUCGAUGGGCUACUUCGUCUGGGUACGCCUCCACUUCGGCGCGCCCAUCAUCCAUCACGAGAAGAUGGGCGAAGAGGCCGCGGCAUUCACAGAGGAGACGCGCAGCCUCAUCGAGCGGCACUACGGUGUGCAUGAUCCGUACCGCGACCAGCCCGAGAAGCGCUGGGACUUGUACGGAUUCCCGAACAUGCUGGAGGCGGGCGGGCCCAAAGGCCCGUGUAGCGUCGCUGAUGGCUGUUUCUGGCUCAUGUGCUUGAUGGAUGUGCACAAACCGCCACUUGAUAAGUACGGCCGCUACCCAUAUCAGAACUGGCGACUCGGCCGGGUCAAUACGCCGGAGGAGGAUGAAUGGAUGGACAACGCGGGCAUGUUCCGCGCGCCAUCGGACGAGGUGACCAAGAAGAUCAGAGAGGAUGUUGAGAAGGGUAUCUGGACACCAAUUGGGAGCGGCAAGGAGUAG